AUGGCAGAUCCGCCCAGGCUGUCUCGACAAGUCUCUGACUUGCGUCUGGAGACGGAAUUUCUCCAGUCCUCUACAGAGCACUUAAUCCGGGGAGCGGGUCGGCGUUCAGUGAGACAACGAUGGCGUUCACACGAUCACAAACCAAUACUUGGGCAGGGAAGUUAUGGUGUCGUGCGUUUGGAGCAAUCCGAAAGCGACCCCAUUGCGCUGCGGGCCGUAAAGCAGAUCAAGAAGAGUGAUCCAAAUGGAAGCAAAAUAGAGUAUGCACGGGAACUAGAAGCGAUUGUGAGAUUUUCCCACUCCGAGCUGAGGCAUCGAUUUGUGUGUUCUAGCGGGUGGUUUGAAGACGAAGCGUCCAUUUUUAUCGUCAUGGAGUAUCUGAUGGAUGGUGAUUUGAGUCAUCAUAUCAAGAGUCCGCUCGCGGAAAGUGAUGUAACGGAGAUCAUCGGCCAGAUCUUGGAGGGGCUUGGCCACAUGCAUGAUCACGGUUUUAUCCAUCGUGACUUGAAACCCGGGAAUAUUAUGGUGGCUGCCAAACAUCCGGCGUGGAAGGUCAAGAUCGCAGACUUUGGCGUGAGCAAAGAGCGGCACCUGGCAUCCAUCUCCCCCAAUACGUUCUAUGUAGGCACCCUCGGAUAUGCUGCCCCUGAACAGCUCGCAGUGGGAAAACUACCCGACUCUUCAGUCCACGGAAAUGAGGCAGAUCUAUGGUCAGUCGGUAUUAUCACGUUCCGAAUCCUCACGGGGAAGCUCCCGUUUCUUGAUACACAAGCGCUCUCUCGAUACACGUUUGGCAAAAUCCAGUUCCCAGUCGAUCAACUAGACUCCGUCAAUGCAUCGAGGAAUGCUGAGCGUUUCAUCCGGGGUCUUCUCGUCUUUCAACCACAUGAGCGGAUGUCAGCUCGAGCAUCGCUUGCUCAUCCGUGGAUGGGCUCUCGAGCCGCAUCAGAGGAAUCGCAAUUAUCCCUGCGCUCUAUAGAGAGCAUACACAGCCAAAGCUCAUAUCCCAUGUCUCAGGUCUCCGAGCUGCCAUCUGCUCGCUGGAGCGAUGUAUGGGACUCUACACCAAUGCCUCCAGAUACCGUUCAGCCGGAAAAACAACGAGAGCAGCCAAGGAAGCCCCAAGGGCCACCUCCGCAAUCUUCGUCUGCCAUUAAACUAUCUCAAUCGUCACAACUCCCUUCAAUUCCAUCACCCACUUCAAACGAAACUGCUCAAGCAUCUCAAAUGUCCGAAAAGAGCUUGGAACCUUCGCUCCCCUCACCCCAAUAUUCUUCGACAGACUUAAUGCCUGAGCGAACUGAAAAGGGAGGUGUAUUGAAAAAGCACUUACGAGCUGCCCAGAUCGGAGUAGCCAAAAGGCUUGUCGAAUGCCAGAACUACCAAGAGGCUGUUCCCUCACUGAAACAGCUUCUCAGUAAAUCUGGCGAGCUUGACGAGACGCAGAAAGCGACUGUUGCCAAUUUGGGUGCCCUGGCGUUCAUCGAAACCCUUGUGCCGAUAGCAGAGAUUGAGGUAUAUUUCAAUCAGAACGAAUCGUUCAAAUCUGCAUAUUUGGAGUCACUGAUUCAGAAGAAUAAAGAACGGUGUAGUGCUGAAGCCUACCAAGAGGCUGCCACUUCGCUGAAACAGCUUUUGGAUAAUUACAACCAUUUAACCUCGGACCAGCAAGAGACCGUUACUAUUUUGGCUGCCGUGGCAUUCAUCGAAAGUAGCGUGCCGAUAGAAGGUACACUUGGGCAUAACAAGGAGUUUGAGGUUAUGUACGACAAGAUUCGGGUGCGGAAGGUGGAGGAGUGGUUCGUACAAAACCGCCAUUAUGAUAUUAUCAACCUUUUGAAGGAGUACCAGUCUCUUGAGCUUCCUCCCUGGUCACCGGAUCAAUCGUCCGCGUAUCCGAACAUUGAUGAGGAGAUACGGCUACGAAUGCGUCUGGCCGCAUGCCUGAAUCUUACGGGCGAUGCACAGCAAGCCAGAUCUAUCUUGGAGAAUCUGCUAGUGUUCAUGGCUGACUCACACGACCAACGAGCUCCUGUCCACAUCAUGGUGUCUGAGACACUCAUAUCGUCCUCGGCAUACGAAAGUGAGGACCCAAAGUGGAAAGUUCUUGCCAAGAAUCACGCCGAGGAAGCAGCAAAUUUGUAUAUGGAUUCCGUAGGCUUGGAGAGCCCGGGAACAUUGAAAGCGGCGACUCUCGUGGCUGACCUCUCUGAAGAGCUUGGCGACGAGGAUCAGGACGCCUGGAAACAAAUCCUAGCCGACGUCAAGCACAAUAACCGUCUCGGAGAAAUGAGGAAAUUCGCAUCCGAAGCGAACAAGUUCAAGAGAAAGAAACACGCCCAAGCUUUGGUGCUUUGCCAGACCAGGAUGAUAGAGGCGUCGCAUACGGACCCCGACAGAGCCGUGGAGAUCGCCCUGGAUUACUUGAAAUCCAAUUUUUACAUGCGUGACGGGCAGAAUUUCUGCGAGAAAUGUGCCGAAGAGUACUUCAGGAGAAGCGACUUUUCAUGGAACGCUGCUACCCCUCUAGAAUGGACCGCGUGUCAACAUGAUCCCAAUAUCAAGAUGAUUUUCUCGCCACUGCACUUCUUUGCUUGUGUAGUUCGCAAAAAGGCAUCAGGGUCGCCUCCUCACUGUGCCCAGGAGGUGGCCUGCAUUCUCGACAUGGCUGCCAUAGGACCCAUUUUCAACAAUACCAUCGCAUACAGUAGUCAAGGAUCGGAUAAGAUUUACCCUAUCACUCCUCUCUGGGUGGCUGCCCUCUGGGGCGAAAUGGAAGUUGUGAACUUUUUUCUGUCAAGGAAGGGAAUUGAUAUCAAUGUUGGAUCCCAGUCGAUAAAAAUACUCGGGUUUUCCAGAUCCGCCGGGGGCGAGAAAACCAUCAUUGCGGUUCUCCGCCAGAUGUCGCGCGCCCAGCUUGAUAUUUGUCUCAGGGAAUCUGCCGGAGAAAAAGCCAGGUAUCCCUAUUGGCCAUGGUGUUUCGCUUCCAAAGAUAUUCUGCACGCAACGCUUGAGAAGCUGGGACCGAGCAGUGGUGGUGUCAGAGUCCCAUGGAGGUUCCAACCCCAAUGGGAGGACCUCGUAGAGGAGGUUGAUUGCAGCCUGCUCAUAAUUCUCCUAGCUUUCCCGGUCGCCAUUGCGAAAUUUCCUAUGUCAAGGCGAGAAGCCUUGGAAGUACUCUUGAAGUAUGGUGCAGAUAUCAAGAGUACUGGGCCAAAAUUGAAAGAUGAGGGGCAACCAGCAAUUCUGAAUGCUAUCAACGCUUUGGGACUGGGCCUAAAUAAUGCUAUCACGAAGCUCGAAAGCUGUUCCACAGCAACAGGAGAGCAAGAAGGCCCUGGCAAUAUACAGGCUAUUGAGCGGAGUAGACUGUACGACGAGAUCAAGACGUCGGCUGCCAUGACGCACCAUGUCAUCAAAAAGCUGCCAUCGUUCACUCCUGAUGGCGGAGGGAAUCACCUUCAUAUGUCGUGGAAUCCACAAUGGAAUAAUUACUGGUCACAUGUUACCAAACAAUUUGUCCAUUUGGAAAGUCAGACUAGAGUCGUGCGGCAAAGGGACAAAAUGCUGCACUUGAUGGGGAAGCCAAGGCGACCCCGGCUUGACAGUGCUCGUCUCCGAAUCUAUCUUCCUGAGAGACUCCCCCCUUAUACGAUGCUGGGGCUGCCACAGAGCCCCAAGGAAGAUUGGAUUGAUAAAGCCAGGUUACGAGACCUGCUUGAAAGCGACAUUGCUGAAGUUCUUAGAACAGUCGGUUGGAUUGAUCAGACUAUCUUGUUUGACCGAGCAGGCCCUUUCUAUUGA